AUGGAGCGUAACUCGUAUACACAAGGUCGUCAAAUUGCAUUCAUGGGGGAUCCCACCGAGGAAAACCAGGAAUUCCCCUUUGACGAUAGUUCUUCCACUGGUUUUUCAAACCCUAAUUUCUCCCAAGGGUUACAAGGCCAUCAUGAUGUUCGUGUCUUUGGAUUUCAACAGUCUUCACUCGAUGAUCGUUUCAGUCAAUUGAAUUUAAACGACAUUGAAAACCCCACGAGGAUUGUUGGGUCGGAUUUCGGUCCAGCACCAAUUGGGUUGCUUCAUGAGAAUAGCUUCAAUGGCCGCCAUGUAUUAAGGUCUCUUCCAAGUCAAAACAUGGUCGUCGACCGAUCGCCAAAUUAUUCUCCCAGUACUUUGAUCGAACACAACGUGUUCGACUUCGACACCAACACGCAACGAAGGACUCCGCCUUUCGAACGUCCUUACAACCUGUGCGAUCCGAUGCGGUCCGUCAAUGGCUUCGGAUCUACUUUGAUGCGACCAUCAAUGCAUGAUCAUCAACACCAACCUUUUUAUUCCCCUCCUCCUCGACAGCUUCCUCGAGAGAAUUCGAGUUAUUAUUAUAUUCCGCCGUUGAGGGAGCUGAAAGCUGGGGAUAUUUGCACGGUGGCGAAAGAUCGAGACAGGUGCCUUGCCUUGCAGAAGAAGCUGGAUAAUGAAGUAUUAACGCGUGGGGAAAUCGAUAUGAUUUUCAUGGAAGUGAAAGAUCACUUGCAUGAACUGAUGGUUCAUCGGUUCGCCAAUUAUCUCAUUCAGAAAUUAUUCAAAGCCAUCAACAAUGAACAAAGGACCCAGCUUCUUCUCUUACUCAUUAGGAGCCAUCAAAGGUUCUUUCAAGUUUGCACCAAUCUCUACGGGAGUCGGACAAUUCAAAAAUUUAUUGAGAUAAUCAACAUCCAAGAACAAAGAUGCAUUCUUCUGUCAGCUUUGAAACCUAUUGCUAUUACCUUGGCAAAAGACAGCAAUGGUCAUCAUAUAUUUGAACCAUGCUUGAAAAAAUUCUCGAGUGAAGAAACAAUGCAUCUUAUGGAUGGAAUUAUACAACAUUGUGUGGACAUUGCAAUUAACAAAAGCGGCUGUUGUGCCCUGCAACAAUGUUUGACCCAUGCUAAUGAUGAAGUUAGUGAGCAUUUCUUGGUUCGAAUUGUGGCGAAUGCCCUGUUCCUUUCCGAGGACAAAUAUGGGAACUAUGUUGUACAAUUUGUGCUUCAGAUGGGAUUACCUUGGGUUACAUCAAUGAUAAUAGGGCAGCUUCAAGGGAGCUUUGUGAGCCUUUGUUUUAGCAAGUAUGGCAGCAAUGUGGUUGAGAAAUGUAUGAAAGAAUCAGAGGAACAACUCUCUGCAAGGGUUAUCAUGGAGAUUCUAAAUGAUCCAGAUUAUUUAAAGGUCUUUGGGCAUGACUAUGGCAACUUUGUUAUUCAAUCAGCUUUGUUGGCUUCCAAGGGACAUGCAAAUUUAGGUAUACACAAUGCUAUUCAUUGUCUGAUUCGAAAGCAUUAUUCAUUUCUUCAAAGUUCUCCAUUUGGGAGAAGGAUUUUGAGUGCUGCAUCAAAAUGUCGCAGAAGUUGA